AUGUCUACGCCGGUUCGUCCCCCUGCCUCUGUCGGACGUGGACGUCCACGGGGUUCCGGAGCUGUUUCAAAUACGCCGCUCCAGCCAACUGUGUCCAGUUCCCAUGCCACUGACGGACAACCUGUACCAGCACCUCCACCAGCAGCAGUAACCAGCGUUUCUCUCAAACUCCCACCUUUCUGGCCGAACGAUCCGCAACUGUGGUUCACGCAGGUCGAAGCGCAGUUUGCCAUAAAGGGCAUCACCGUGGAGAACACCAAAUACCAAUACGUGGUGAGCUCGCUAACCCAUGAGUUCGCUCAUGAGGUGCGCGAUGUGCUUCUGCAACCGCCAACUCAGCAACCCUACACCAACUUGAAGCGGCACCUCGUGGAGCGUUUGUGCGCCAGCGAGCAGAAACGCAUCCGUCAGCUCCUUACGGAGGCACAACUGGGAGAUCGCCGUCCAUCGCAGUUCCUCCGGCAUCUUCGCCAGCUGCAGGGCGCCUCUGUUGUGGAAUCUGCAGUGCUCCAGGAACUGUUUCUGCAGCGACUCCCACCCCAUGUACGAAUGGUCCUCGCCUCCGCAUCCUCACUGUCUCUGGAGCAGCAGGCCUCCCUCGCUGACAAUCUAAUGGAAAUCGCCAGCACUCCGCAGCCGGCCCUACAUCAUGUCGCCGCUACGCCUGUAUCACCCAGCCCAGACGCGUCCAUGGAGCCUCAAGAACUGCGAACCGAAAUUUCCUCCCUCCACCAACAACUGGAUCGUGCCAGCUCGUCUCAGCACCGUGGUCGAUCCCAAUCACCAGGGCAUGGCCGUAGCAAGUCCCCACGACGGCCACAGAAGGACCAGUCUGACGACACUCUCUGCUUUUACCACCGCAGAUUUGGCGAUAAAGCCCAGCGCUGCACGAUGCCAUGUUCCGAGUCGGAAAACUUCCGCGCCAGCCAUUAG